AUGGAGCUGCUCGAGAAUCAGAUGAAACAGUACAAUUGGGAACAGGAUCAAAUCGCGCAUAUGAAGAACUACAUAGCUCGCUUCGGUCACGGUUCCGCAAAGUUGGCUCGUCAAGCCCAGUCCAAGGAGAAGACGCUGGCUAAAAUGGUAGCGCAAGGCCUCACAGAGAAAGUUAUCGACGACAAGAUCCUCAACUUUUAUUUCCCAUCAUGCGGGAAGGUGCCACCCCCUGUCAUCAUGGUUCAGAAUGUCUCAUUCAGAUAUACGGACACGAGUCCCUGGAUCUACAAGAAUUUGGAGUUUGGUAUUGAUUUAGACACUCGGCUGGCGCUGGUCGGGCCUAAUGGAGCUGGCAAGUCCACUCUGCUCAAGUUAUUGUAUGGGGAUUUGGUACCAUCGAUAGGUAUGAUCCGCAAGAACUCUCACUUGCGCAUUGGGCGUUACCACCAACACUUACACGAGCUGCUGGACCUCGACCUGUCGCCGCUCGACUACAUGAUGAAACAGUUCCCCGAGGUGCGCGAGCGCGAAGAGAUGAGGAAGAUUAUCGGCCGGUAUGGCCUCACGGGAAGGCAACAGGUGUGUCCGAUGCGCCAACUGUCGGACGGACAGCGUUGCCGGGUGGUGUUCGCGUGGCUGGCAUGGCAGACACCACACCUGCUACUCCUCGACGAACCGACCAAUCAUUUAGACAUGGAAACUAUUGACGCGCUUGGCGAUGCCAUCAACGAGUUUGAUGGUGGCAUGGUGCUUGUUAGUCACGACUUCAGGCUUAUUAAUCAGGUUGCUGAAGAAAUCUGGAUAUGCGAAAACGGCACCGUCACGAAAUGGGAGGGUGGUAUCCUCAAAUAUAAGGACCACCUGAAGUCCAAGAUUAUGAAGGAGAACGCCGACAACGCGGCCAAGAUACGCAAAUAG